GAAAAGAAAAGGAGAGGGGACUUUAAUAUGGUAUUUAUUUGUUGUAUAAUAACUGUAACGACGCCGGCGGAUUCGCAUCCUGGGAAACAUCCUUCUGUUAGGUGGGUACGCCCCGAUGUUUUCCUUUGCCGUUGGCGGUGUGCCGCGGCGCUAAUUAACUCGGUGUGGCUAAGAAAUUUUUGGUCGAAUCGUAUCGACGUGUUGUACACUUUAUAUGGUCGGAGACUAAGUUACAUCAUUUUCAACGAAUCUAGUAUACCCUUUUACUCUACGAGUAACGUGUUUAACUACGUGUUGUGACCUUCUAACUUGGACAAAAUGGGUGUUGGUUGCAGUGAUCUGUAAUCCUUGCACUUCAGAUUCUACUUUUUGAAGAAGGCAUUGAUCAUGAAGAACCUAGAAACGGACUUGAACAAGGCACAGUUGGAUGAGCACAUUGCCGAUCUGCAGGAUCUGCAGCGACGCUAUAUACAAAUGGAGCAGGAGAUGCUGCAAUCGGUGCAGGAUCUGGAGGCGCAUGCCCAGUGUUGUGCUGACGAGCGUUCCGGCAUGGAACGGCAAUAUGAACUGGCCAGCUCUAUUAUGCGUUCGAGUGUCAUGAGUCCCACCAGCAUGGAGGAGUCCACUUCGCAGAUAUAUUCACCCAGCAUGACAAGAUCGUGCCCAUCUAUGCGCGAGUUUCCUGAAGGCGAACACUUCAUUACCAUCCCGAGUUUUGUGAUGCGGGGCGCCGGCAAGCAAACGCACUACGAAUACGAGGUUCGCAUCGCUCUACCCGAUGGCAAGUUAAACAUUCUGCGUCGAUACAGUCGCUUCAGGGAACUGCACCUGUGCAUGAAACACUGCUACGGUGCCAAGAUAUCUGCAUUACCCUUUCCGCGGAGAGAGCUCUUCGCCUCGAACAGCGAGCCGGUGGCGAAGCAUCGUCGCCGCCUUCUAGAGCUCUAUUUACGACGCCUAUUCGUCGUGUGCUCGAAGAUUCCGCAGUGCCCAAUCUACGACGGACCCGGCGGAACGGGCCUCACACGCGCCUCCCUCGUCCAGCUGUCGUCUUUUUUCAAGAAAGGCCUGUUCGAAAACGGCAAGCACGGGACGGGAUAAUAGUUAACCUACUGCUGAAUUAUCUCCUGCCUACAGUGUGUCUUUUUAUUUACUUGUACUACCUGUUAAGCUAUAUGAACGACAACAUGGACCUGUUUUGAUUAGCUAGCCGAAACUACUGUGUAGAUUAAAUUAGUUUUAAGCCCCGUAGCUAUGUAAGACCACCAGUGUCCUUUCUAACACUCGAACAUAUGUGCGACAUUUUUUAUACCCAUUGUUAUCUACUGAAUCGGAGCUUUAUAUUGAAAUCACUGUAAAUGUAACUGCCAGUGGCGACGUUGCAAUCUCUGAUUUGUACUACACCAAGUGCAAAUAUAUAUUCUAUCUAUUAGUAUCGAUAUCGCGUUGGAGGUUUUUUAGAUGGUUUGUUGGUGUUUGCGGCCAGUUUUAAUUAGUUAAUUAUUUCCAUUUACUAGUUAAUUAUACGCAUAGGUGUACGACUUCCACAAAGUUAUUCCAGUUAUUUAGUCUGUGAUUGCCAACUGAAGUUAUAGAUCAGAAUCAGAAUCCAAGCAAAUGAGCGUAACUGAACAUUUCACGAGCGAGUAAUAGUAAUCCAACUGACAACUCCAUAGUCUAAUAUCUCUUAGGCGUAAGCUACUUGUACAAAUCGAUCACUGAAGGGUCUAGGUGGGCAGAUGUUUAGCAGUAGGUAUUAGGUUCACUAGCUACUAAGUUCUAGAUCUAAGUCGAUGCGUCGCAAUUAAACUACACUAAUUAUGAGUACAA